ACCGUUUGGGUUCAAAGUUCAAUUAGUUGAUAACAUUUUAAAAAGUAAACACGAUUGAGUGAGAGAAAAAAAGAAAGAUUCAUCCUGUAUUUUAUUGUUGUUUUAGUGUUACUAUUCGAAUGCUGUUUUCAUUAUCUAAGACAGCAACAUUUCUUUUUAAGUUUGUUCAUAAAAGAAGUUUGUCACGACGCCACUAUAACAGUAAGAUGCGAUUUGUUCAGUACGUAGUAAAAAAUGUUGGUACUCGUGGAGUAGGAGUUGAACUUGGAGAGAAUGGAAACAUCGUAAAUCUAUCCAAGUUUGAUUCAUCUUUACCAAGUUGUAUGAGAGAUUUCAUUGCUUGCGGGCCGUCGGCUCUGGCGCGAGCACAAAGUGCUGUUGAAAGUGGACGUCAUAUAAUUGAACGUGAUGAGGUUAGGUUGUUAAGUCCGAUUGACAAUCCAGAGAAGUUGAUUUGCAUCGGCAUGAAUUACUAUGAUCACUGUGCUGAACAAAAUCUUCCUGUGCCUAAAGAACCAGUUGUCUUCAGUAAAUUCAAUACCUCUAUAAUUGGUCCAGAAGAUAAUAUUGAGUAUCCUAAAGAAACAGAGGAAUUAGAUUGGGAAGUUGAAUUGGCUGUAAUAGUGGGUAAAGAAGGAAAAAACAUACCAAAAGAAUCUGCCAUGGAUUAUGUGUUUGGCUACACUGUUGCCCACGAUGUAAGUGCAAGAGAUUGGCAGCUCAAGCGUAAUGGAAAUCAGUUUCUUAUUGGGAAAAGCAUGGAUGGAUUUUGUCCCCUUGGACCAGCCAUUGUCACUAAAGAAGAUUUAAGUGAUCCUCACAAUCUUAAAAUUUGGACUAUUGUAAAUGGUAAAACUAAACAGUCCAGCAAUACAAGUGAAAUGGUUUUCAAAACAGAGGAAAUCAUCUCUUAUUUGUCUAGAUUUUUUACACUCAAGCCAGGAGACACAAUUCUAACAGGAACACCACCUGGUGUUGGAGUGUUUCGGAAUCCACCAGAAUUCUUACAGACUGGGGAUGUUGUUCAUGUUGGAAUAGAACGGAUUGGCACCAUUAAAACUCUUAUUGCUUGAAACAGAAACUGUUAAAAACAGAAUUAGUAUUAGCCAGAUGUUAUGUCUAUAGUAUAUAUAUAUGCAUUUUAUCUUUUCUACUAACUACUCCUGAUAACUACUGCCAAAAUAUAUUUAGUUUAGCACAAGUUAUUUAGUCUUAGUUCAUUAGUCUGCAUUGUUCAUAUGUUUGUUGCUUGUAAGAUGAUGGUUUUUUGUAUCUGUAACACAUUCAUGGUGUGGGGAAUAUUUAUGUGAUCAGUUAAGAUUUCUUCAGUAUUACAUA